CAACCCCUUUGUAUGUUCCGUGUGAGUUUCUCUUUCUGUUCCGACUCCCAGCGAUGGCGGCUGAUCUGAGAGACGAGCUGAACUGCUCCAUCUGCCUGAAUAUCUAUACAGACCCUGUGAUACUGCCGUGCGGCCAUAACUACUGCCGGGGCUGCAUUGGGAGUUUGCUGGACACCCAGGAGAGAUCUGGGGCUUAUUCCUGCCCUGAAUGCAGAGCUGACUUCCAAGAACGUCCUGCCCUGCAGAGCAACAGAACUCUGGGGAACAUAGCGGAGCGAUUCCUUCCUGAUCAGCUGGAACAGCAGGGGGCGACAGAGAUCUUGUGCAAUUACUGCAUCCACUCCCCUGUACCUGCUGCUAAAUCCUGUCUGCACUGCGAGGCCUCCCUGUGUGAUAACCACGUGCGGGUGCACAGCAAGUCAGCGGAGCACAUCUUGUGCCAACCUUCCAGCUCUUUGGCCAACAGAAAAUGCUCUGCACACAAGAGGCUGCUGGAGUAUUACUGUAUGGAGGAUAAUGCCUGUGUCUCUUGUCUCAUGGUGGGACACCACAUCGGCCACAAGGUGGCGCAGCUCAGCGAGGCUUCAGAGAAGAAGAAAGGGAAACUGAGGAAUAAUCUGGAGAAACUGAUCCUAAAGAGAGACGGAGAUGAUAGAGAUGUGCAGAGGUUGCAGGAGCGCAGGAGGGAAAUGGAAGGGAAAGCAGCCAAUGAGACAGAGAGGGUCACUGCCCAGUUUAUGGGCAUCAGGGAACAGUUGGAAGCCCUGGAGAAGAGAGUCCUGAGUGACAUCUCCAGGCAAAGAGAGCGUGUCUCACUCUGUUUCUCUGAUCUGAUCCAACAGCUGGAAAUGGAAAAGGAAGAGCUGUCCAGGCAGAUCCAUGACAUUGAGGAGCUGUGCAACAUGGCAGAUCCACUCACUGUCCUACAGGCCCCGGAAGCCAAUGGAGACACCUUCUGUGAUGCUGAGGAGGCAGAUACUGAGGGAAGGGGGAGUGGGGGUAACAAGGACCCUUCACUAUGGGAUGAGGAUCUGAUCUCUGAGACGUUACUCACAGGCUUAGCUGGGAUUGUGAGCAGCAUGAAGGCAGCCAUUAGCAGCCACAAGGAUAUAGAUAUAAACACUGAGACAGAAGAUUCAGAGCUGAGAGCCCCAGGGAUAGGUCCCUUGUCUCCUGCAGAGAGUGAAGACACCAAAUGUCUCAGUGACACCCCCGGGAGCUUGACCCUACAGGCUGUAAGUGACCCGGUGUAUGGGCUGAAGGCCUCCGACAUGGAAAUAGAUAUAAACACAACUAAUAAUCUUUUGCAACUAUCAAGUGACAUGACAUGUUUAACAUGGAGUGAAAUAUCCCAGAAUUACUUCCACACAUCUGAAAGGUUCCAGGAUUCCCCCCAGGCUUUCAGUAUCCAAAGCUUCUCCUCAGGGCGGCACUACUGGGAUGUGGAGUGCAUGAGAGGUGACACUUUUAUAGUAGGGGUCGCAUAUCCAAGUAUAAAAAGGAAAGGGAAUCAGUCCCAUAUUGGGUAUAACAAGAAUUCUGUGGGUUUGUUCAGAUGGGGCAAUAGAUACUCAGUGAUACACGAUGGAAAGAGGAAGAACUUACCUUACAGACCCACCUGCGAUAAAAUCAGAGUCUCACUGGAUUAUGAGGGUGGCCAAUUAUGCUUUUAUGAGCUGAGUGAGCCAAUCAGGCACUUGCAUUCUGUAACUGCCACCUUCACUGAGCCCCUGCAUGCUGCAUUCUGGGUAUGGAAAUCUAACCUGGCUAUUCGGAUUGGAUAUAAAAAAGCACCCCGAGUCCGCAUGUCAAAGCGCCAGAUGCGCCCUGGCUCUAGAGCCGGCUUUUUUGGGUGGGAUUUAAAUGACAUGGAAAUGUGUGAAUAAUACUCCAGUCCUAGUAACCCAUAUCAACCAAUCAACCUGUCUGAAAGCAAACAUCAGGUUGCUGUAGGUUACUAAAACUGAGCAAGAUUCACACCUAUUGUUAUAUUACAAUACCUGAUGGUAUUACCUGUUUAUUAUCUUUGGGUCACCAAAUGUCUCAAAGCUGCAACUCCCAGCAGCUUCAGUUCUAUUACAUUUGCCGUGUGGGAGAGGAGAGGUUUCCCUAAUUAACCCAGAGAUAUGUGAUAAUAGUUUCGGGUUAGUGUCCCAUGUAACACUCUAGUUGGUAGGACUCAUGGAAAUCUUAGUAUAAUCCAUUGGAACACCUUUUGGGACAUUGUGAUAAAUUAGGAGCAGGCGCUUAUGGUGUGAGUAAUUCCCAAUAUUAACUUGCUGUGUGUGUGUCAUCUAAUAUUAUAUAAUAAAUACUUGUACCUUUGCUACUCUUCAAUAAAUAUCUUACUUGAUUAAGAA